AUGGAAGUCAUCCGCCACCUUCCCUACUUCGACAGCACCUGUAUCGAAUAUGUUCAUUACAAGUCUAAGAUACUAGACCACACAGCCUUUACCCAAAAGGAUUUCGAAAAGCACAGGAACUAUCAUCAAGGCUGGGAAUUUUGGUCAUCGGAGGGAGAGCUGAUGGAUCCCAGCGAUGUUUGUAUGGCUGUGGGCCAUGAGAACUUCAGCCGUGAGUUAUGGCUUAAUAUGAAGGAUUGUGAGAUCUUUGAAGACUUCCAUGCGGGCGAUAUGCUAAAUGCAGUUCCAGUGGAGGUGUUCUUUGAGAAUACGAAAGAGCAGUACAAGACACUGAAGCUCAUCCCAGGACGACGCAGGAUUACAAUUGAGGCAGAAAAGGUGCCUGAGCGCGAUGGAAGAAUCACGGAGAAAGAGUAUGUGAGGCAGAUCUAUCGUUACCAUGAAUGGACUGGUUUUUUCGACCUGGAGACAGCAUCUGAGGCCAUAGACAAGUGGCUGGAACCCUUAGGAGGAGGUUUGGGAGGAGGGCCAAGGGGUCUCGCAUAG